CUCAGUUCCCAGCCCUCCCGGAAGUUGUUGCACAGUCGUUUCCGGGGCGGUGUGAGGUUGGGGAGGACUCCGAAUGGGUCGCAGCCGCAGCCGGUCCCCGCGGAGGGAGCGUAGGCGGUCCCGGUCCACCUCCCGAGAGAGAGAACGCAGGCGCCGAGAAAGGUCCCGGUCACGAGAGCGAGAUCGGAGAAGAAGCCGCUCUCGAUCCCCGCACAGAAGACGUUCCAGGUCCCCAAGACGACAUAGAUCCACAUCUCCUUCCCCUUCUCGACUAAAAGAAAGAAGAGAUGAGGAGAAGAAAGAAACAAAAGAAACAAAGAGCAAAGAACGUCAGAUAACUGAGGAAGACUUGGAGGGCAAAACAGAGGAAGAAAUAGAAAUGAUGAAGUUAAUGGGAUUUGCCUCCUUUGACUCCACAAAAGGGAAAAAGGUGGAUGGCUCUGUAAAUGCCUAUGCCAUAAAUGUGUCUCAGAAGAGGAAGUAUAGGCAGUACAUGAAUCGAAAAGGUGGAUUCAACAGACCUUUGGAUUUCAUUGCAUGAGAAUUGAAAUAUUGAAGAAUGAUUUUUUUCCCCUCACCUUGAUCAGAACAGUGGAUUUUGUAUUUUGUAUUUAAUAUUCAUCAAAACGGGAUCACAGUCCCUCCUCCUUGUAAAGUAAGAAAAUUUUAUUUAUGAUGUGUGUAGUCCACUUACCCUGCCUCAAAAAAAGGUCAAAUACUACAUUUUUUUCCUUUAGGAAAUUUCAUUUGGGGCAAUCAUCAACCCCAUUUUUUUGUCCUUAUUCCUAUGGAAACUGUAUAUGUCUUCUUCUUGGAUGCUCUUUAUGACUUUUUAAAACACAUAAGAGUAAUUUGGAAGUAAGUUUCUCAAAUAAAACAAUAUUUUUACCCUUU